AUGGCAGCCUCCGACGACCUCAUCAACUUCGACAUCAUCGAGGCGCAGAAAGAAAACAUCCAGGCGCUGCCCAGCGGCCGCUCUGCCAAAAAGCUGGCCGAGCUCUUUUCGCCAUCGCCCCUGCACAAGCUGGACACCCCGACGCCAUCCGACACCAAGAACGUCCACGACUGCAUCAGAGCCGAGUACGAGGAGGAGAUCCGCAACAUCUCCGAGUCGGACGACCCCCUCGACAUCUUCGACCGCUAUGUGCGCUGGACCCUGGACACAUACCCCUCGGCGCAAGCCACGCCGCAGUCUCAGCUGCACACUCUGCUAGAACGCGCGACCAAGACCUUCAUCGGCUCAUCACAAUACAAGAACGACCCCAGAUACCUCAAGAUUUGGAUCCUGUACAUCCAAUUCUUUUCUGAUUCGCCCCGCGAAACCUUUCUCUUCCUCUCGCGCCACAACAUCGGAGAGACACUCGCCCUCUUCUACGAAGAAUACGCAGCCUGGCUCGAGGGCGCCGGCCGCUGGAACCAGGCGGAGGAGGUCUACAAGCUUGGCAUCGAGCGCGAGGCGAGACCCGUCCAGCGCCUGCUUCGCAAGUUCAAGGAGUUCGAGCAGAGGCUCGCUGACCAGCCAGACGCCGCCGAGGCGCCUUCAUCACCGGCCCUCCCCACCGUCCGGCCUGCCCUGGCCGCCAAGGUUGACCCCUUCGCCGCUGCCCGUGCUGCCGCCGCCGCCGCAGCAGACCCCCAGGCACCUCGCCCCAGCUCGGGCGUUGGCGGUGCCGCGCCCAAGCCGGGCAAGGCCAAGAUGGCCAUCUUCUCAGACACCGACGCGGCGCCCCCGCCUCUGGCCUCGCGCGGACCCAGCUCCAAGGGAUGGGACUCGAUCGGCUCGCUAGGCGACCGGAAGAAGGAGAACGUGAUGGAGCCCAAGCCGUGGGCGGGAGAGACGUUGAAGGCGGGAGGAAAGAAGAGCACUGCUCCCAAGAUGGCAAUCUUCAGGGAUACGUCAAAAUCGCAACAGCAGUCGCGAUCAGCGCGGGCUCAAAUGUCCAAGUCCCAUAUCACCCUUGUGCCAUCCAAGAAUCAGAUAGUCGUGAAUCCUGUCAGCGGCAAGAAGGAGCGCAUCUUUGUCAGUCUCGAGGCUGUCUACCCUACCCCGGAUGAGCCCGGCUCAGAGCUUGGUUUCGAGGAGGUCUGGGCCAUGAACCGGGGCUGGCUGGAUGUGUCCUGGGAUAGCGAGCCGCUGGCAGAGGAGGCUGAUCCUGAAAUGGCGGAUACGGAGCCUUCAAUGGUGGACGACCUUGGUCAGAUGGUGCGGGAGAAGCUGGUCGUUCACACGGAAACCGUCAUGAUGGACGAGAAUGGCGCCAUUAUUAACAAGAAGGAAGGCAAAAGUAAAAAGAAGAAGGUGAUGGAGGUCAACGAAACCCAAAUCAUCAAGGCCAACUUGGACUCUCCGUCCAGGCCAAAGAUGAAGAAGAGAAACACAGCCGAGCCGACGAUGACGAUUCACACUCGGGCUGCGACUGAUGAAAUUUACGAGAUUUUCAACCAACCCAUUCAGUCCCACCCGGACGAAGACGAUGCGGAAGAAGAAGAGAGCGAUGACAGCGACGACUACGAGACAGACGGCGAUUACACAACCGAAGCAGAGAGCACAAUGGUCACCCGUCAGGUGGACGUGGAUGACGACGCCGACGAAGGGGAUGAAGCGGACGAGGCGGAUGAAGAUGCGUCGGACGUGAAGAGUGUAAGCGAGUGGUCCGACUUUUCAACCAACAAACACGUCCCGGUUCUCGACGAGAAUGCGACGGAGGCCGACGUCAACAACACUCAGGUCUCUGGCCUGAUGGACCCGAACUACGUCGAAACGUCCGGCCCCGUGUACGAUGAGCGGGCGGGAGCCGGGGAGGACGGCGAGUCUGGAGACGAACAGGGCGAGGAAGAGGAGGACGAGGACGACGACGAAGACUACCCGCCCAGGACAAAGACCAUGUUCGUUCCGAUACCGCCUGAGGAUUAUGAGCCCAGAACACGGCCGUUUAGGGAUCCGGUUGAGAUGGCUAACAAUCGGCUCCCCUUCAUGACCCCCAUCACGGAGAGGACCGAGUCUUCUCUUGCGUUUACAGAACGGAAGGCGAAGUAUGAAACUCCGUGCCGCGACGACGUCGAGUCGACCAUUGACGAGGAGGAGUCUUCCGCGGAGGAGCCCGGCAGCAGUCCGCUCAGGGAAGUCCUGAGCGAGGUGCGACCUGUAAAGAUCGCCCAGCCACUCCUCGGCAAGCCCAAGUCGGCCUCGACGAAGCCGGCGCCCCCCAAAGGACCCAUCAUUAAGGAGCUGCAAUGCAACCCGGUUGACGAGGCGGUGAGGAACGAGAUCCUCGCCAACAUGCAGCCUUCGUUGAGUUCGUACCCCGGAUUCUACGACCACAGGGACGAGAAGUACGAGAGAGGCAACGAAAUCCGAAAGUUCGCCAAAGCCAUGACGAAGGCGACCAAGGGCGGCUCGGAGAGGACAAGCAACGCCUGCGCCGUCGUCGCCGUUGAGUUUCCGGAUAUUGCCACCCAGUACACCAUCCGCAAGGAACUUGGCGCAGGCGCGUUCGCCCCCGUCUAUCUUGUCGAGAACUCGUCGGCCGACCAGGAGGACGAGGACGAAGACGGCGUCGUGGCCAUGGGCAAGGGCGCGUUUGCGGUCAGCCACCGUAGCCCCUUGGAGGCGCUCAAGAUGGAGCUCCCGCCGACCCCGUGGGAGUUCCACAUGAUGCGGCUCGCCCACACGCGUUUGGGUCCCCAGCACCGCGCCGCCGCCUCCAUCUCGUACGCCCACGAAUUCCACCUGUACCAGGACGAGGGCUUCCUCUUCCUCCCGUACCAUCCCCACGGAAGUCUCCUCGACGUCGUCAACUUCUUCCGCGCCGAGCCGUCCGGCGUCAUGGAUGAGCAGCUGGCCAUGUUCUUCACCAUCGAGCUCUUCCGCACUGUCGAGUCCCUGCACGCCCGCAGCGUCCUGCACGGCGACCUGAAAGUGGACAACUGCCUGCUCCGCCUCGACAGCGGCUCCAGCGACCCGCCGCUGCCGGCGCAGUACAGCGCUGACGGCUCCGACGGGUGGGGCGCGCGGGGCGUGACGCUCAUCGACUUUGGCCGCGGCAUCGACAUGCGCAACUUCGAGGCCGACGUCGGCUUCGUGGCCGACUGGAAGACGAGCGCGCAGGACUGCGCCGAGAUGCGCGAGGGCCGCCCGUGGACGUGGCAGAUCGACUACCACGGCCUCGCCGGCAUCGUGUACUGCCUGCUCUUCGGCAAAUACAUCGAGACGGUCCGGUGCGACCAGGGCGGCAUCGGCUCCUCCGGCCGCCGGUACCGCGUCCGCGAGAGCCUGAAGCGCUACUGGCAGACGGAGAUCUGGGCCGAGUGCUUCGACGUGCUGCUCAACCCGGGCGCGCACGUCGCCGCCGAGGACGGCGCCCGGAUGCCGGUGCUCAGAGGCAUGCGCGGCGUCCGGGAGAGGAUGGAGGCUUGGCUCGAGGGCAACUGUGAGAGGGGCGUCGGGCUGAGGAGCCUCGUGGGCAAGGUCGAGGCCUUUGCCCGGGGGAGGAGGUGA